CUUCAAAUGCUUGGUUAUGACAUGUCAUGGGCUUCUUUUCAUGUAGUAGAAGUUAUGUCGUCUCCUAAAUUUCCUCAAAAACAAACAGGAUACUUAGCGGCAACGCAGUCUUUUGGACAAGAUACCGAUGUUUUAAUGCUUACUACAAAUUUAUUUAAAAAAGAUCUCGCGUCAGGGAAUCAUCUUGAAGUGGGAAUUGCUCUUAAUGGAUUAUCCCAUAUUGUUACACCGGAUCUUGCUCGCGACCUUUGUCAAGAUCUAGCUUCUAUGCUCAGUCAUUCUCGACCGUAUGUGAGAAAAAAGGUGGUGCUUGUUCUUUAUAAACUUUUUUUAAAAUUUCCUGAAGCUUUAAGAUUAAGUUUUCCACGAUUAAAGGAACGACUCGAUGAUCCUGAUUCAU